AUGGACUCCUCAGUUUGGAAAGAUGAACCAGACCUCCCAGAUAUCCUUCCCCUGGUCGUCCCAUCCCUCCCCAAUACCCUUGAUGACACUUUUUAUAAAGAAAGCCCCAACUUCUCCAAUGAUCCUCAAGCAGACGAUUUAUUAAUGGACCAAUUGAAACUUCAUUCCGCCUCGGCAAAACUCUCGUCUACCGUGAUCACCCAACACGAUCUCGCCAAAGACGACGCCAUUUAUAAAUCAUCGACCAUCACCACCAACGGUGACAUCCCAUUACUCUCAGACUCCGCCGCCAUGGUCCUGACAAUCAACGAUGAAAAAAUAUUCGACUUCAACCAAUUCUCCGAUCCCAAAUCGUUCAUCCGCUAUAGUUAUCGCGAUAUCCCCAAGUUCUUGAAAUUGAUUUUCGACACCGUCAAUUCCGAGACCAGUUCCAACAACAAGAACCCGUUGGUCCCGGCAAUCAUUGUGUUUCAAAUGUUACGAUACAGUUACUUCAAAAAGAAAAACCUCAGGCUAUCCAACAAUUUCUUUGAAUUGUUCAUCAACAGAAUUUAUAUGAUCAUUGAGGAUGAUAGUAAAGGAAAUAAUACUCCCAUGGUUGUCAACAAGGAACACUUUGACAAUAAUAAUAAUAAUAAUAAUAAUAAUUAUGACGACAACGACGACAGCCAAGAAUUCGUUGGCAAUUCUAGCAGCUCCCCUAACACCCCUAACCUCAAUGGCAAGCAACAAUCCAAACGCCAACUUUUACAAUCCAAAGUCCGCAAAAAGAACGAUAUCGUGUUGAUUGCUUAUUGGAUCUCCGUGAUAAACCACCUAUAUUAUUACCUCUUACGCCAAGAAGGCUUCUUCACCAAAAACCCGUUGUUUCUAAAAAAAAUCGUCACCGUGUUACAAGACCUUAUCAACGAGUUUCUUGCUGGGAUCACCAACCGAUUAGUCGACCUUUUAGACGAUUGCGUCAUUGAUUAUUCAUCGAUCCCUAACCUUCAAAAAGGAUUACUCUUCCAAAACGACUGGAAUUUCUUCAAACGUGAUAACUCCGGUGGUGUAGGUGGCGGGUCCGGCAACACCUUCCAAGAGAUUCUCGAUACGUUGUACCCUCCUAAUUUGAAGCAACAACUCCAACCGUCGCCAAUGAAGUUUCUUCAAGUGCUCGAGGCCAUCAUUUAUGUGUUCAAAUUAUACAACAUUUCCUCGAUCUUGCUCAAGAAUUUGCUAUCAAGGGUGCUUCUGUGGAUCCACGGGUCGGUGUUCAAUCGAAUCUUGGCCAAUCGUAAUAAACGGGGGAAGAACUACUUGACCAGGACCUUUGCCAUCCAAUUGCGAUUGAAUCUUAGCGUCAUUGAAGACUGGGUCCGGAGUAUUCUGAAAAACCUUCAGCAAGAAGAUAUCGAGUUGAAUCCCGAUGGUAAAACUAAUGAAGAGUAUUAUCUUGAUGAUGAUGAAUUGAAGAUGAUUAUUAGAGAUUAUCCCGAUGAUCUUAUUGAUUUCAAGUUUGAUUUGUCGAAUAUUUCGAGAUUUGAUACUAAUGUGAGGUUUUAUAAUAAAGAAGAGGAGGAAAAGAAAAAGAAAAAGAAGAUUGAGGAGGAGGAGGAAAAGAAGAAAAAGAAGAAGAUUGAGGAGGAGGAGGAAAAGAAGAAAAAGAAGAAAAAUGAUGGAAACCCAGGUAAUAUUGAAACUCCAAAUGACGAGAAAAAUAAAGAUAUUCCAACCCCAAAUGACGAGAAAAAUAAAGAUAUUCCAACCCCAAAUGAUCUACAAAUUCAUAAUGAUCAAGUACUCAAAAAUAUCGACCCAACCCCAAUGAUCAACCUCGACGAAGACGAUGAAGACAACUCUUAUAGAACUGCUAAAAUCGAUAUCAGUUCCACUCCGUUACCUUUCAUCUCCAACUUUUAUUAUGGUUCAAUCAACAAAAUCUUCAAAUACCACUUCCAAGUGCUCUACAACCUCCUAGAAUUUCUUCAAGUGGGGACCACUUAUGUCGAUGCAUUAGUUCGGUCGAUCGAAGAUAAAAAACUUUCUCCUAAACAGACCGAAGAUUCGAUCAAUACCGCGUUCAUCGAAUUUUUGGACCAAGAUAUCAUCUUCCUCAAUCAUAAACAAGUCCACUAUAUCGUGAAGAAUUACAAGUAUGAAGUCGACGAGCCGCACUUUGGGAAAAAAAUCACCAAAUGUCUUGCAAACCUUGGCAAACGGGUGAAUCUCGGACAACUUUCCACUAACCGGUACCUCAAAUCGAUCAAUUACUUAUCCCCGGCCGCCACCACCCGUAACCGGAUCUAUGGGGUGGGAGUACUUUCCAUCGAUGAUGAUCUUGUGUAUCUUAAUCUUUUAGCCGGACGGGAUUUCCCAAUUUGUUUGCCAACCCGUCAAGAACUCAUUAGUAAAUACGGGGCUGGGAUGAGGGGUAAUAAUCGGGAAACCCUCGUGGCCAACCAACCGUAUUUGACAAUUGAGGUACGGGAUAUGGUGGAUUCUAUCCGUGAUCAGCACGAUUAUGGUAAUUUUGCCAAUUCCGAAGAUGAUGAAGAUGAUGAAGAUGAUGAGUAUUUCAAUGAUGGAGAUGAUGAUAAUAUGACUCGACCACGUAUGAUGAGAGAUAAUGACAGGGAUUUGGAUUUGGAUGCGGCCACCGGGAUGUAUCAUAGUAGUAUUUUUGGUGCCGCGGCAGCAGGGGCAGAAAAGAGAAACAACACCAUGUUUGAUAAUAAUAAUAAUAAUAAUGAUGAUGAUGGGUUUGGUAUGACUAGACCAGAAAGCAGUGUUGCGAAAACUUGGGAGUUGAAUGGACAUGCCACAAAAGCGAAAUCAAAAGAUAAGAUCGAGCAUGAGGAGAUAGAAUAUAAUCCGUGGUGA